AAGCGGUGAACCAAGAGGGAGUAAUUAUGAUGAUGGGAACGACUUCAUGGAUGUAUUGAUGUCAGUUCUUGAUGAAGAAAAGGGUGAUCUCUUCUUUGGUUACAGUCGAGACACUGUCAUCAAAUCUACAUGUCUGCAACUUAUCGUGGCCGCUUCGGAUACAACGUCACUUGCAAUGACAUGGGCUCUCUCACUGCUGCUCACCAAUCCUAAUGUCUUACGGAAGGCUCAGGAUGAGCUUGAUACCAAAGUUGGCAAGGACAGAAUAAUAGAGGAGCACGAUAUCGAGUGUCUCGUCUACCUCCAAGCAAUUGUCAAGGAAACACUACGACUGUACCCUCCUGGACCACCUCCGUACCCCAUGAGGCUAUGGAAGAUUGCACUGUUGCGUGAUCCUCGAGUGUGGUCAAACCCGUCAGCGUUUCAGCCUGAGAGGUUUCUUCCAGAGUCAGAUGGUGGUUUUGGUGGUGCAGAAGCAAAAUUCGACUUUAGGGGCCAACAUUUUGAGUACACGCCAUUUGGAUCAGGAAGAAGGAUAUGCCCAGGUAUCGACUUUUUCCACCAGACAGUUCACAUGGCACUAGCUCGUCUUCUUCAGGCAUUUGAUUUCAACACAGCUGGAGGACUAGUUAUAGAUAUGGCGGAAGGUCCAGGUCUAACCAUGCCCAAAGUAACCCCACUUGAAGUUCACCUAAACCCACGUCUGCCAGUCACACUUUACUAG